AUGAUUCCGAAUUUGAACUUGGAAGCUGAAAAUAGUUUAGAAGAAAGUAGCCAAGUAGGUUCCAACAUUUACUUACAAGAAACAACAUCUUAUGAUGUUACCAAAGACAGUGCAACAACUUCCUGUCUUACAAAUCUUCCAGAUUCUGUGUCCCUUGACCUGACUCUCACAUUCGAUCCGAGCGACGAAGAAUUCAAGGAAACAAGCAACACGAACAGCGAAAUAGUAGGAGCUAAUCAGGCUAAUAUCACCACCGCGUCAGCGCCACUGGUUCAUAGAGUUUUCUCUUGUAGCAAUAGCAACAAAACCUCCUCAACAAACAUCUACUGUAUCUCCUAA